CGGUGCGGCGUAUCAUUUCAUCGAUUUAUUUGCGAAGCGACGCUUGCCUUCAUCUUGGCGGCAUAUUUUACUUGACACUAAUUUCCAGAUAUUUGAGGCGUUUGAAGCAGCAAAGUGUCGAAAUUCUACGAUCUUCAGUCUUCUGCUGCGAAAUUUGAAUCAUCGACAUGGGCGACAGAGACAGAAGUUCAGAUAGAGGAGCCAGAGUAUACGUUGGAGGAUUGAGUGAGACAGUGAAGAAAGAAGAUCUCGAAGGGGAAUUUGAAAAGUUUGGUAAGCUUGAUAAUGUGUGGAUAGCCCUGAACCCACCAGGAUUUGCAUUUGUUACUUUUGUUAACUUGUCUGAUGCCGAAAAUGCAUGUGAUAACUUGAACGGAAUAGAUUUCCUUGGCUCAAAGUUAAGAGUAGAAAUUGCAAAAGGGCGUUCCAGAGGAGGAGGACGGUUUCGGGGAGGUGGAAGGGGUGGAGGAGGCCGUGGAGGCUCUGGCGGCUUUGGAAGAGACGGAGGAAGAGGCUUUCGAGGCAGUCCCAGAGGUGGACGUGGUGGUGGAGGUGGAAGAUAUUUUGAUGGAGGUAGAGGUGGGGAUUUCAGGGGCCCUCGUGAUGACAGUCGCUUCGGAGGCAGAGAUUUCAACAGAAGGAGCGAUGGAUAUGAUAGGGAAGGUGGCAGAGGAGCAGGAGGGCCCCCAAGAAGAUUUGAAGGCAAUCAGAACUACAGAUCAAGAUCGCCAAUGUCUGGAGGCCAGAGGCAUUGAAUACUAUAUUACUAAGAUUACCUAUAUUCUCUUUUUUUGUUUGUAUUUGCUUUUAUUGUAAAGCCUGUGAUUUAUGUUAUAUCAGUCAAUACUGCAUUAUUGACAUAAAGUAACACUGUUCUGAUUAUGUAUUAAUGGAAUAUGUUAAUUUUCAUGUUUCUAUUGGAGUAUAAUUGAAUUAUUGUCAAGUAGUUCUUCAUUAGUAAAAUCAUAUUUCUUUUGACUGAAUAUUUUGUAAUUAGCAGAAAUAAAAUUUGAAAGGUUUUUUA